AUGACCUCCGAAGAUCCAGACGACCAGCGCUCGUCUGCGUCUGGGAGCUCCGAUGCGAUGGCCCGCAAUGAGGGACCCUUUGUCUUGCGCACGCUGAUGGACGAGGUGCCCUUGUCUGCAGAUGGCGCCGGCGACGGCGUCAAGAUCAAUUGCGUCGAGUACCUAGAUCAUAACCUUUACGUCGGCACGAGCGCAUCCGAAUUGCUUCACUUUGUCCAAAUCCCUCCCGACCCCGCCGACCCAGCCGGACGACCUGCCUUUAUACUCGCUUCGAGGCUGCGGCCGGCGUUUGCCGAGUCUAGCAACUCUCGCCCAGGCGUGCAGCAGAUCCUGCUGCUGCCCAAGGUCGGAAAGGCCUGCAUCCUUUGCAACUCGACCGUCACAUUUUACUCGCUCCCCGAGCUGAGCCCGGUAUUCGGCACCACCCAGGUCAAGAACUGCAAUUGGGUUGGCGGCGUGGACUUGAAUCAGCCCCAGGAUGACGAUGGCGACCCAACCGCGGGCGUGUUUAUCCUCCUGUCGUUGAACCGGAGAAUCCAAGUCAAUAUCGACGUGCCCGGAACGACGAUAUCGGUUCGCAGAGACUCUAUCGCAUGCGUGGCGGACGCCAGGAGUUACUCCCUGCUGGACGUCGACAGACAGCUUCGCAUUCCGUUGAUGACUAUAUCGUCCCUGGAUGAUUCCCAGCCCGCGGGGGAGAUUGGCCAAGCCCAGGACAUCGCUGGCAGCGCCGACGGAGGGAUUCUGAGGAGCGUGUCUGCGGCUCAGAACCGACCGCUGCUGUCCGCGGGAGACCCCCAUGGACAUGCAAGAAGCACGAGCCUGGGUGGCCUCCUCAGCGGACGUCGUGACCAGAGUCCGCAAGGGGCGGUAGAUCGCGUGCUCCAGGGAUCGUCGCCACCGACCCCCUCGACCAGUCCGAGGCCUUCCGGCGAGGCCCAGGUGCCCCCGCCGUCGACAGACAAGCCACUGCCUGCUGCGCCGGGGGCCCAGACAUCUCCGACGAAGCCGACGCCGGUCUUCCUCAAGCCACACAUUGUCUCGCCUACGGCGGAGGAGUUUCUACUUGUCACCGGCACCGGGCCUCUCGACCCCGGCAUCGGCAUGUUUGUGAACCUCGACGGUGAUCCUACGAGGCCGACCGUCGAAUUUGACAGGUAUCCCAGGGAGGUCGUAGUAGAUGGCGGGUCGUCAGACAUGUCGUCGUCCAAAAUGGCACUCGCGGACGAGGAGGAAGGCUAUGUCAUCGCGUCCAUGACGAAGGAUUUCGAUACCGGCCUGCGUCACGGGCUGGAAAUCCAGCGGUGGGACUCUGACGGCACAGAGCCGACAACAUCAAAAUGGUGGCUCGAGAUAGACUCGCCAGACACAGACGCCACGAUGCCCCUGGGCAUCAGAUCCCUCAUGGGCGUGGAGGAGACGCACUUUGAGGAGAUUGUCGACCGGCUGUGCCAGAGAAAGUUCUCGCCCUUUUCCGGAGGCGGGCUAGAAAACCCGAUUUUCUCCCCGCGGAGUGCAGAUGCACGCACUGCCUCAUCCCUGGAGCGAAUGACCAAGGAGCGGGAGCUGUUCGAUUCUGCAUCGCAGGACGAAGACGCGUUGCCGGAAGGGUGGGAGGAAAGCAGGAACGCGGAAGAAAGAGAAUUCGCAAGACGGCUGGCCGACGCCAGCUCGAGAAUCGCAGUCUGGUCGGGCGACCACAUAUGGUGGGCCGUUCGCAAUCCCUUGCUGCUGCGGCUCGAAGCCAGGCUCGAAGCUGCUUGCGCACAGGAUGGUGCUUUCAACCCCGCCAAGCUCGACCGACAUGCGGUUUUCACGGUCCUCAACUCCUUCCGGGGCCAGGACGCCAAGUCAGAGUUGGAGUUCGUGACGUUCAGCUACCUGCGACAGCGCGCCGGCGUCCUGCUCUUGACGAGCCUCUUCCACGCGGCGGAGGCUCCGUUCUCGGACGGCGAGCUGAAGGCGCUGGAGGAGGUCCUCGUGGACAGCAGCCUCGACCCGCGCGUGGUCCUCUCCCUGGUCCCCGGCCUGCGUAACGAGAUCGUCGAGAGCCGGAGGGGCAUUUGGAUCUUUGGCGGGGUGAAGAAGACGACAGAAAACUACCUAGAGAGCGAGCACUUCCAGAAGGCGAGCCAUUCGGUCAGUGACCUCGAUACCAAGGUCAUGCAGUUCCUGCGGCGCUUUCUGGCGGCUUGGAGAAAGAAGAAGGGCUUUGGCAGUGUCGCUGACGAGAGCGAAGUCUUCCGGACGGUCGACGCCGCCCUUUUGCUGGUGCUUCUCGAGCUGGACCAAAAGUCUCCCAAGGGUCUGGCGAAGAAGAGUUCCUCCGUCAGGUCGGAGCUAUACGACGUUGUCGACAAGGGCGUAGACUGCUUCGACCGGGCGGCCGGGCUCCUGGAGACGUACCACCGUCUUUUCGUGCUCAGCCGGCUGUACCAGAGCCGAAAGAUGGCGGGCGACGUGCUCGCGACGUGGCGCCGCAUCGUCGAGGGCGAGCGGGACGACGGCGGGGAGCUGAGCGACGGCGAGCAGCGCGUCCGCGAGUACCUCACGAAGAUCAGCAGCCAGGCCCUCGUCCGCGAGUAUGGCGUCUGGCUUGCCAGCCGCAAUCCCAAGCUGGGCGUGCAGGUGUUCGCCGAGGACAAGGGCAAGGCAGCCAAGUUUGAGCCAGCGCAUGUCGUGGAGAUCCUCCGCGAAGAGGCGCCCGACGCGGUCAAGUACUACCUCGAGCAUCUCGUCUUCGGCAAGGGGCACACGGAAUACGUGAACGAUCUCAUCGCAUACUACCUGGACAUUGUCAUAAGCGAUCUCGAGUCGUUCCCGGAAAGCCGAGAGGCCUUUGCCGGCACAUACACAGCGUACAGAGCGCUGCAGGCGCCCAAGCCGACCUACCGACAGUUCCUCACGGAUAACGCGCCGGAGGACAACGAGGUAUGGCACAGCCGCCUGCGGUUGCUGCACCUGCUCGGGGAGGCCCACCAGUACGACGCCGCAGCCAUCAGGGAGCGCAUCGCGGCCCUCCCAGACGAGCUCCUCGUCCCCGAGACCAUCAUCCUGGACGGGCGUGAGCGACGGCACGAGGACGCCAUCCGGCUGCUGGUGCACAAGCUCGGGGACUACGACACGGCCGUCUCGUACUGUCUGCGCGGCGGCUCCAGCAUUUACAGGCGUCCCGACGGCAGGCGGGAGAGCACGCCGACCCACGACAUGCAGGCGCGGCUCUUCCGCGCGGUGCUGGGCGAGUUCCUCGCGAUUGAAGACGUCAGCGACCAGAUCGAGCAGACGAGCGCGCUGCUCGAGCGCUUCGGCGGCUGGUUCGACGUGGAAGACGUGCUGGCCCUCAUCCCGGACGAGUGGUCCGUCGACGUCGUCGCCGGCUUCCUCGUCACGGCGCUGCGCCGCAUCACGCAGGAGCGGCACGAGACGACCGUGACCAAGGCGCUCAGCUCCGCGGAGAACCUCCGCGUGAACCACGAUCUAAUCGUCAAGGUGGACGAGAAAGGACCAUCGAUAGAGGCGCCGAAUUAG